AUGGCGCUGCCCCUGCUCCGCUGUGCUCGUCGCGGGGUGGCCGGGCCCUAUGCAGAGUCGCUGGGCUCUCGGUGGGGUCCGCUGGGCUUUGCAGGGGCUGCUGAGCUCACAGGUUGUCAGUGCCAAGGCGUCACCGGAAGUGCGUGUGUGCGGAGGCGGGCUCUGGCGGAGGGUGGAUAUGAACCCAAUACCAAGAUUGUAAAGGGUAUUGUAACUAGCUGUGGGAAUGAUUAUGGUUGGAUCGAGGACUGUGUCUUCUUCAGCACUGGUGUCGUGAUCGGCCAUUUGUCUGUGAGAAUUGGAGAUAAAGUCCUUGCCUUUGUGGAGGAAGACCCACUAUCACAUGACUUGAAAGCAACUGAAGUAUGUGUUUUUUUAGGAGAUGAUAAGCUUGCAGAACCAUACUCCAAGAUCCAAGAAUUAUCUGCACGUGUUUCCGAUGUGAAGAAAGAAAUCAUCCACGUAGCUGAUGAAUACUACUUCUACCUGGACAGCAUUUCUAAAGCUAUCUUAGGUUUUACACCGUAUGAAGGGGACUGGUUAGACAUUGAGUAUUCUGUGGAGCAAGGAUCCUCAAAGAUCAUGGUACAGUCAUUGAAGGCCACAAAGCGUAGGCACCUGGAAGAGGCCUGUGUGACUAGCAUCCACAGACGACAAGGACUGCUCAAUCACUCCAUCUUCUUCACCCUGAACUCACUGAAAUGCCCUCUGGGCUACACCCCUCUUGUGGGCCAUGUUGUCAAUGCGGUGAUAGUGCAGAGCAUCCGGUCCCACUACAGCUGGAGAGCCAUCUCCAUGAGUCCAGUGAAGGUGCUGUAG